UUGUUAGCGUGAUAUGCUCUGUAUUUCCUUAUUUAGAUUUAGACACUUGUAUAUAUUUAUUUACGUAGAAUCUGUACAGAAGGCUAGUUUCCAUACAUAGACAGAUUUCAUUUACUGUAAUCUAGGCUUAAUUCUAGCCGUGUAUAUUGCACUUUGGUGCCUUUAUAAUGAUAAGAAAUCCUCACAAUGAGGUAUUCAAGCCAUUUUGACAUGGUAUCAAGAGCAGGUUACUAGUCUUACAUUUUUUUUUCCUUCGGGCAAUUUUUUUUGGUGUUCUCGGCAGCAUCUGUGCUGUCUUUUGGUGCUGGACUGGUGGUUCGGUCCUCUCUGGGUGGUUUUUGGCUGUGGGUUUCGUGUGUUCUGGUGUUUCGGUCCUCUCUGUGUGAUUUUCGGUGCAGUCUGGUUGUGGGUUACGGGUUUUCCUGUGGCUUUCAGCAGUCUUUUGCGUGGCUCUGGUUCCAGACUUCUAAUCGGCACUUUCUGUUGCCCUUUACGUUGCUGGUUUGUGUUUUUCUGCUGCCUCUUUCCAUUUCGGCUUCGUGGGUUGGGUAUCGGCAGCAGCACUUGUCAUUUUUUUGGUCUCGGCAGCAGUUGUUUCUGGAGCUUUCGGCAGUCUCUUUAUUCCCUUUAGAUUGUCGGCAGUUUUUGGUUGGUCAGGUAUUAUUUUUUUAAUUCGGCGUUGCUUAUUUUUUUUACGGGCCUCAUGUCUUCCGAGUCUUUUACCGUAAAAUUUACGGGUAAAAAUUAUUCUGCAUGGGAAUUUCAAUUCCGUUUAUUUGUUAUGGGAAAGGAGUUAUGGGAUCAUAUUGAUGGGAGUAAUCCGGCUCCUACUGAGCUUCCUAAAUUAGCUCAGUGGCAGAUCAAAGAUGCUAGGGUGAUGACAUGGAUUUUAGCAUCGGUUGAUCCUCUCAUUGUUCUCAAUUUGAGGCCUUAUAAAACUGCUAAAUCUAUGUGGGAAUAUUUGAAAAAGGUGUAUAAUCAGGACCAUAUGGCUCGACGGUCUCAGUUAGAGUAUGAAAUUGCCAGUUACACUCAGGGCAAUCUCUCCAUUCAGGAUUAUUUUUCUGGAUUUAAUAAUCUUUGGGGAGAAUUUACUGACAUAAUUUAUGCCACGGUACCAGAAGAGUCUCUCUCUGUUGUGCAGGAAAUUCAUGAGCAAAGCAAGCGCGAUCAAUUUUUAAUGAAGUUACGUCCUGAAUUUGAGGUCACUCGCUCUAAUUUGAUGAAUCGUGCUCCUGUGCCGUCUUUGGAUAUUUGUUUUGGGGAAUUACUUCGUGAGGAGCAGCGACUUGCCACCCAGGCUACUUAUCAGCACGACACAAUGAUACCCACUGCUGUUGCUUAUGCUGCUCACGGAAAAGGCAAGGGACGAGACAUGCGGACUGUUCAAUGUUUCAGUUGCAAAGAAUACGGACAUAUUGCUAAUAAUUGUGCACGAAAAUCUUGCAACUACUAUAAGAAGCCUGGACAUAUUAUCAAAGAUUGUCCUACACGUCCCCAAAAUCGCCAGGCUCAUGCUUAUCAGGCUACGGUGGGUUCCGCUUCUUCUACUCCUAUUAAUGACUCAUCUACCCUUACUACUGAGAAGGUUCAGCAAAUGAUUCUUUCAGCUUUUUCAGCCUUAGGGCUGCAAGGAUCAGGUGUCGGGCAAGAUACUCGCGAGGGGGCCUAAAGUUGGACGUUUAUUUCCUUUACAUUUUUCCAUUCCUGAUGUCAUUUCAUUUGCUUGUAACACUGUGAACAAUAAGUGUGAAGUAUGGCAUAAACGGUUAGGUCAUCCUAAUUCCGUUAUUUUAUCUCAUAUCAUAAACUCUGGUUUGUUGGGCAAUAAAGAUCAAUUUUCUUCUCUCUCUUU